AUGGGUAAACCGAAGCGAAAUAGAAUGCAAAUUGAUAACGAACCUACGUCGUCAAUUUCAAAACCUGCAAACGUUGACAAUGACAAGUCGUCUCUCUCUUCACCAGAAAAUAAAUCCAUCGGUCCACAUGCGGUAAUCGCAACGCAACUACGCACUAAGCAAGGUGCCGAUAAAUUACUUCACAAGAUCAAAAAUAAACAAAAAAUACUUCGGACAAAAGCCAAGAAAAGGCAAGAAAAGGGAAUUAAACGAGCAUUGAUUAUUAGAGAAAAGGUGGAAGUUAAAAUUGAAAAGGCAUUAGAUAAAUUGAAUAAAAAGAGACAUUUGAAAUCAAUUUUGGAGUGA